CCGGCGCGCAGGGACGCGGGGGCGGGCGGCCAUGGCUGCCAUGGCGGUCAUGGCUGCCGGGAGCCGCCCGUGCCGGUAACCGCCGCGGGCCCGCCGCGGGCCGCCGCCAUGAGCGGAGGCGCCCGGCGCCCCGGGACCGGCGGAGCCAGGCGUCUCAGUUCGCCGCCCACUGAGGGCGAGGACCCCCUUAGCACCCCCAGAGGCUCGGCGCUGUCUCUCGCGUCCCGCUCCAGCUCACCGGGCUGUGAGGAGGAGGAACGGGUGGCGGCCUCCCGCAGCCCGCCGGGCGAUAGGAAGGCUGAACACCCAGAAACAGCAGGGGCGAGAAAAAUGUCGCCUUUGAAAGGUAACCUUUCACCAUGGGAAGAAUGGUUCAUUGGCAAAGAAAAGGAGCUGCGUGCCCGCUUACAAGCUAGAGCUGCAGAGGAAAUGAAUAAACAGCUUGAGAAAAUGAAGCAAAAUCAAGAAAGUGAAAGAAGAAAAAGGAUAGCUGAAGAGAAACACAAGGAAUGGGUCGAAAGAAAAAGAGAAGAGGAAAGAAGAGAAAGGAAACAAAAGGUGAGCAAAGAAAUGGCAGAAAAAGCCACAAGAGAACUAGAAAAAAUGCAGUUACAAGAAAAGGCUGACAUAAAGUAUAAAGAAUGGUUAAAGAAAAAGAGAGCUGAAGAGGCAGAAAAGAAGAAAAAAGAGAAGGAAAAAGAAAAAGAACGGGAGGCUGAACUACAAGAGAAGAGAACAAGAUCAGAGAAAAUUUUUAAGGAGUGGCUGCAGAAUUCCAGAAAUAAACCACAACCUGUUUUGAAUGGUUAUGGUUUCCCACAUGGAACAUCUACAGGGCGUGCUGGUAGAAAUUUGUAUCCAGUUCCAGCAUACUGUAAUCCCAUUCCUUGGAAACCGGUACAUGUGCCUCCCACAAAGGAAGGUGUUCUUACCAUGAAGAAGAGACCUGUAUCUUGCCAGCUACAUACAUCUUUACCAAUGGUGAUUUCUAGGCCCAAGAGUAAUCUUGGACUGGAUUCCAGUGCAGAAAGAAGCUAUAGUCUAGAAAAAAAUGUUCUUACAAUCUUGAGCAAAUUGAGCCAUAAAUAAGAACUUCUAUGUAGUUACAUGUCCAAAGCAGAUUGCUUUGUGCCUUUCUUUUUUUGUUUCCAUCUUUGUGAGCAGGUUUAUGUUUACUGCUAGUUGAAAAAUAAGGCUUUUUAUGUUUUUUCUAUAUUGAAUUUUAGUUAAAAAAAAAAAAAGGAAAAAAUAAAUUGUAAUGGGACUGUACCUCAAUGUCAAUAAAAUGUACAGGAUUGUUA